GGGAGCAACAGCAGCUGUCACAGCCUCACACUGACCAACCGCCGAGGACACUCAGAUCGGCGGCAGCUCCAACAGGCCUACAGCUCCAACACCGAGAGCAGCGACGCCGGAAGUGAGGGGACCGGAAGUAGCGUUGUCCGUAGCCCUGGACGGCCUCUCUCUCCCUCAGUCUGGCCGGCCCAGCCACGUCUCGAUGGUGCCAGCGCGCUUCCCCCGAGGCCCCCUCCGCCCCGCUCCAGGAGGCGGGCCCCGCCCCUCCCGCUGCGGCCCCUAGCAACCACAUCCGGGACUCAGCCGGCGCUUUUGCCCGGAAGUAUAUAUUACAAAGCAUUCAAAGGCAAGUGAGAAUUCAAAGGCUCAGAGCAGCGCUAGAGAGCUUUUCACAGAGGCACUAUUUAGGAGAGAUAGAGGAUAUCGUCAAGUCCUAGAAGGGUUCUGCCAUUUUCUUCUCCAUCCUAAAGAGACUUGGAAAUUAAUCGGUAACAUUUUGCAUGAAAUUACUGGAUGCUUUUCGUCUUAUCUCUGAGGCCUUCUGUGGAGAAUUAAGAGGAGGUUGAAUGCACGCAUGGAUAAAAUGGAUCAUCUUAAAGGAUUGAAGUUCCAAAAAUACAUCAGCAGGACUGGACAGGUUUGACAUAAUGAGAUUUCUAUUUUAGCUUGACUUCCGGAACUCCGAAUAAACUAUAAACUGAGCUACACAAGGUCCUGGGGAGGCAGUUUCUCUUCUAAAAUAUUCUAGCUGCAGAUAACAUUUUUCUUAUUCAGAUCCUUUGAAGAAAUUAUUUACUCAUCCAUUUUCUGAGGAAUAAGACUAUUAGACACUUACCAACUUUUAAUAUGUGAAGUGGAAUAGAAAGCAGCAACUUGUAUCAUACUGGAAAAUAAAUUUUCAUCAAGAAACAGACCCAGAAAGAGAAGACAUCUCUACAUAAGCACAGGGUGAGAUGGCAGAGGCUCCUGUGGAUGCCUCAACUCUGCCCGUAACUGUGAAGAAAAAGAAAAGUCUAUCCAUUGAAGAAAAGAUCGACAUCAUAAAUGCAGUAGAAAGUGGUAAGAAAAAAGCAGAGAUUGCAGCUGAAUAUGGAAUAAAGAAAAAUUCAUUGUCUUCUAUUAUGAAGAAUAAAGACAAGGUUCUAGAAGCCUUUGAAUCUCUGAGAUUUGAUCCAAAGAGAAAAAGACUGAGAACUGCUUUUUACACAGAUCUGGAAGAGGCACUAAUGAGGUGGUAUCGAAUCGCCCAGUGUCUGAAUGUACCAGUUAAUGGUCCAAUGUUGCGUCUAAAAGCUAAUGAUUUUGCCCAGAAACUGGGACAUAAUGAUUUUAAGUGCAGCAAUGGUUGGCUGGAUCGCUUUAAAUCCAGGUAUGGUUUAGUAUUCAGAGCUCAACCUGUAGAAGCUACAGGUGUAUCAGUAGACCCUUCAGAUGUCUGGCACCAAAACAUACUUCCUUAUUAUUUAAAUGAUUAUCAUCCUAAAAAUGUUUUUAAUGUAAAAGAGACUGGGCUGCUUUAUCGAAUGUUGCCUACAAAUACAUUUGCAUUUAAAGGAGAAACAUGCUCAAUUGGCAAGUUAUGCAAAGACAGAAUAACUCUGGUGGUUGGGACAAACAUGGACGGCUCAGAGAAACUUCCUUUGCUUAUCAUCGGAAAGAACAGAAAUCCACAUUGUUUCAAAGGCAUAAAAUCAUUGCCUGUAUAUUAUGAAGCUAACAAAAUGGCACGGAUGACCUCAGUUGUAUUUGAACAAUGGAUGCGGAAGCUUGAUGAGAAAUUUCAAGCCCAGCAAAGAAGAGUGGUGAUUUUUGUUGAAUCGUUUCCUGCACAUCCAGAGGUAAAAAACCUAAAAUCCAUUGAGUUAGCAUUCUUUCCAUCAUGUUUAUCUUCCAAACUUAUAGCUAUGAAACAAGGUGUUAUUAAAAGCCUUAAAAUCAAAUAUCGACAUUGUCUCAUUAAGAAAUUUUUAAGCUCUGUUGAAGGCAGCAAAGAAUUUAUGUUUUCCCUGCUAGAUGCAGUUGAUACAUUGCAUCUCUGUUGGAGGGCUGUCACCCCAGAGACUAUUGUUAAGAGCUAUGAAGAGGCAGGAUUCAAAUCUCAAAAGGGAGAAAGUGACAAGACAAAUGCAGAGAUGGACACUGGUCUUGAUUUGGUUGCCCAUGCCCAGGCGGCAGGAGUGGAAUUUCCUGAAGGCUUAUCCAUAGAAGAGUAUGCUGCCCUGGAUGAUGAUUUGGAGACAUGUGAAGCAGCACCAGGUGGUGAUGCUGUGUGGACCAAAGAAAGUAAAUCAGAUGAAACUGGAUUUUAUACUUCUGACGAAGAGGAUGAUGGUGGAUCUCUGGGAACCGAACUCCCUUUACCAUCAAAAAAUGUGGCAAUAACCGCUUUAGAUACUCUGAAAAGUUUUCUUAGAAGUCAAGAUAUGAAUGAUGAGCUUCACAAUUCUUUAGCAGACCUUGAAAUUUUUAUUAACUCUUUAUCAUCUAAGUAGUUAUUUAUUGUACAACAUCUGAAGAUAAUAGCUUUUUGUAAUACAUUUUACUAUUUAAGGUAUGUAAAGGGAAAAUACUACUUAAACCUAAAAAAUGAAAAACCAGUGAUCUGGUUUAAUUGCAAAUGUCUUUAGUCUGAAGAGCAAAGUCCCCUAGGUAGAUUAAAUAAUGAGUAAGUAAAUAAAAAAUAUGAAUUUCAAUUUAGUAAGGUUUUGGGGAGCAGAAAAUGAAUUUCAGAGGCCUUGUACUUGAAACAUAUGGCAUAUAUGUCAAAAAUAAAAAGAACUCUCCAGCUGUUUGAUUCA